AAUGCUGAGAAGUGACUGGCAGAGCCUGUCUAAGAAAAUACCCAGGAACACUAUACCGCUUCUUAUAGUCCAUUUGCUUUCUGGCAAUGAGCUUUCCUUUAGCUUCCUACACUUGAGGGGCUGGGAAAAUACGUGCUGGCUCUGAGACUGUCACAACAUCCCUGAGACACUCUGGCUGUUAGUUGCCCUGAACUUAGAAGCAGUAGGAGGAAGAAAAAGAGGUGGAGAAGGAGGGCUUUACCUAUACAAAUAAAUAAGGCCAUUCUGACUUAACAAGCCUUGAUGGUAGAGGGCUGGAUCAGGAUGAAGAGCAGCCUGCACAGUGCCCCUGGCUCCAGCCACCUCUGCUCUCAUUUAUAAAGCAAGAACUACGCACUUCUUUAUAGGAAGCAUGGGUCAAACACUUGCAGGCUUAACAGAAGAGCAGAGCUGAAGUCAAAGGACACAGCAUCCUAUGUACCGAUUUCGUAUUUACAGUAUGCGUCUGCAGUACGGUGGCUUUUAGAUCUGUGUGACGAUGGAAAUACCUAAAACGGCAUAAGCUGGUCCUACUUCCAGCUGCUAGUAAUUGAAUGAACAGUGAGGAGGCCCAGAUGAGGGAAAGACGCUGAAGAAACAACGGCUAUUUAGGAGACACCGCUACCUGUUGAACAAUUACCGACUGUGUGCUGUUGUUCCAGGAAUAAAGAGUAGCUCUCUGAACUCUGGAGGUGGGAAUGGCAGCUGGGAGCAUCACUACCUUCCCAACAGGAUCAGAUGAUGGGGGUAACAGUCCAUUCCCCCCAGGAAACUUCAAGGAUCCCAAAAGACUCUAUUGUAAGAAUGGGGGCUUCUUCCUAAGGAUCAAUUCAGAUGGGAAAGUGGAUGGAUCCCGAGAAAAGGGUGACUCGCAUAUUAAAUUGCAACUUCAAGCAGAAGACAGAGGUGUUGUUUCAAUCAAGGGAAUCAGUGCAAACCGCUAUCUUGCCAUGAAGGACGAUGGCAGGCUAAUGGCACUAAAGUAUAUAACUGACGAAUGUUUCUUCUUCGAGCGUCUGGAAGCAAACAACUACAACACUUACCGGUCUCGGAAAUACAGUGAUUGGUACGUGGCACUAAAGAGAACUGGGCAGUACAAAAAUGGAUCCCAAACUGGGCUAGGACAGAAAGCUAUCCUAUUUCUUCCUAUGUCAGCAAAAAGCUGAUCUUGAUGGACAUUUGCAUUUAUAGAAAAUAGUAAUUAAUUUUUUUUUUUUAAAGGUUAGACUAUAAUCUAUAUAUUUCCAGUUUAUAAAUGUGACAUCAAGUAUUAAUACUAUUCACCAUUGUGCCAGUGUUUAAGAAUUUAAAAUAUUUUAAUGUAUAUUCAUGUUUUAAUAUAUUUCCAAGUAAAAUUACAUACGUACGUAGCAAUGCAAGUAUUGUCCUGAGGUAUUUUCCAUUCCGAAAGAGUUCAAAAGAGUGGAUUUUUUUUUACACUGUUUCAAUGUGAAGCUUACUUGAGAUCAAGUUUUACUUCAUAAGAAUCUGGUAAAUCCUUGUGGUACAGAGAAUAGAAUAAACCUGAGUAAACGGCUGGGAGAGUCCUCACAGUUAGGUCAAUAUUGUGAAAGCCUUCCUUAUAGCCAUAUAGUAAAAGCUUAGCAAUUCUACUGGUGAUGGGUGUAGUAUGACUUGAGUAGGCAAGCUCCUUCAGGUUCAUCCAUUCACACCUCAGACACUCAUGAGGGCAGAAGUUAAUGCUGUAAGAUAAUGGCUUCAAACGACAUAUGAUGUACAUAUCCGACUUUCCAAAGGCCCCUGGGUGAUUAUGCUGCUGUCUUAUGCUCAGGAGAGAUUUAAACUCUGACUUAAUGCCAGUCUCUUCAAGAACUUCUCGAACUGCUGUGACUCCUGCAGAGUAAAGUUAAACAAAACCUUAAGAAUUUGUGUUCCAAUAUAAUUAUAGGUCAUAAAUGAAACCAUUGCAUUCUGUUAAGACAAGGUACAAUUCAAAAUCUGUCAUACUUUUUUACAAUUUUACAAAUCUGUAGUAUCACUGAAAUCCUUGGGCUCCAAUAUAAAAGCUGAACAAGAACUAUACAAUAUUUCCUAACCUACAUCCAAAGAGACACUUCUAUCUACUCAAUAGGGGCAAAGUGACAGUAUCUGCAGAUAGUUUUCUCAUCCUUCCCCCCUCUUCCCAGAGAGGUAUACCCACUGUGGGGGUAAGGGGGGGUGACUUAUCAGAAUCUAGAAGCUCCCUUUAACAUAGUAACCCUACAUAUUCACCAAAAAAGUCAAAUGUAAUUAAAAACACAGCACAAGUUCUUUAUUAGAAAAAAAAAGUUCCCCCAAUCAUCAAUCGUGUCCUCUGGGAAUGAAGGUCCACAUGAAUCAUGAAGAGCGAUGACCACCGCCCGGCACAAAAACACACCUGCCACCCACCAAACCCCACCGCUCCUGUUAUCUGCUGGCGCACGACAGCUUCACUCCCCCCCCCCUCCAGCCACAAAUGUACACAAUGAUUUACAUUAGUGGCUGGGACAUUAUAAGGGGGCAUCUGGUAGUGCCCCCUUUAUUUACUUUAGCGUAAGGAGUGGAGCUGUCAUUUGGUGUGGCUGGGAUCGGUGGGUGGUAAUCUCGGCAGUACUCAUUCAUCGUGAUUGAUGUGGGCCUACAUCUCUGGUUAACAAGAUUAACAAAGCAUGUGCCUUGGGAGACAUUUUUUUCUAUUUGUACAUAAAAGACUUGUAAAAAGCUGUGUUUUUAUUUACAUUUAACUUUUCUUGGUGAAAGAGUAGCAGUAUUAUGUUAAAGGAAGUUUCCAGAUUUUGAUAGGUCACCCUUACAACCACUGGGCCAGGGUUGUGGGGAAAAGGCUUUUGCCCUCAUUAAUACCCCCCUGUUGAGGGCAUGUGGCCUGGUAUUGUUCGCCCCCUACCCUUUCCUGGCCUGUCAGGCUGCAUCCUCAUAUGAUGGUCCGAUAUGGAUGUUGGGAGGGACCUUGCGUUAUUUAUUUUUUUGGUGUGAGCCCCCCAGCCCACUCUAUACCAGACCUAAGGACCUGGAAUGGAUUGGGGGGAGGGACCUCAUGCCACUUUUUUUAAAUGCUGCAGUGAAGUCCUCCCAAAAUCCAUACACGUUCCUAAGGGCUGGUAUGAAUUAGAGGAAGACCUGCACACUCCAAUUUUCUGCAUGUAAAGAAAGGUGUGCUCAUAAAAAUUACAAUGUGUGUGAAGUUUUAGAACGUUGUCACUUCAGCACCCUGUCCCAUGUGACUAAAAUACUCGAACAGCACUAGCACAAAGAAAAGACUCAUGCAUGUUAUAAAAGAGAAAAUAAACAUAUACCAACCAAUAUCUUCUCCUGGAUCAGAUAACCCCCCUGGAAAUUUCCAUGCAUUUAGAGUCUGGAAUACAAGAACACUUAGUGCUGUGUGUUACAUUCACAUGUCCUUUAAAUGGAAUCUGGCAUGUAUUAACAUACAGUAUAAGCCCCUGUCGUAGGUAGGGACUAUAUGCAAUUUUGUUAAAAAAUAAAAAACCUCAGCAACCCAGAGCAAGUGCACAGACCACAAAAGUCAGAGUAAAGUCAAGUAAAAGCAGUGAAGCAACAGUAUCAACUUGAUAAUCAAGCACAUAGUAUUUUUUUGGAAUUUAAGGUUGGGAUUGGCAGCCUUCAGAGUUCUGUCCUUUUUAUUUAAUAUUUUUUUUUUAUAUUAUGCACAGGCUAGCUUGCCUAAAUACAGAUGUGGCUAGCAGUAUAUUGGGAACAAAUGGAAACAAUGUGUUUAAUAGAUGGACAAUACACAUUAAAUUUACUACUGGCAAUAAUGCAGAAGUUACCGUUAAUAUUCACACUGGCCAGGGGGGUCAAAGGGGAUCAUUAAAGAUGUAUACUAUUACUGUACAAAUGAUAGCAGAAGCUUGACUAAAGCACAA